AUGGUUUCUCUCCCUCAAAAGUUCAGUACAACUAGUCCUUCAAUUCUUAUCCGCAGACAAUGCUUUAAACCACAAGAACCCAAAACACCAGACCAACCCUUUAUACCAUUCUCUCAACUCCAAGAACGAAAGCUCUUAGAAUCAGAGCUCAUCUCAGUUCUCCAUAAUUGCACUGAACUCAGCCAAAUCAAGCAAGUUCACAGCCACAUUAUCCGUAAAGGCCUCGACCAAUGCUGCUUUGUUCUCACCAAACUCCUUCGUAUGCUCACGAAAAUCGAGGCCCCGAUGGACCCAUACCCACGUCUUAUAUUCGACCAGGUUAUUAGGAUUGGCGGCUUGGAUUUGGAUUUGUUUGUGGGUAAUACUAUGAUUGAUAUGUAUGUGAAAUGUGGGUGUCUGGAUUGUGGGAGGAAGGUGUUCGAUGAAAUGCCUGACAGGGAUGUGAUUUCUUGGACUUCGUUGAUUGUUGCGUAUGCGAAAGGUGGAGAUAUGGAAAAUGCUCUUGGGCUGUUUGAUGCGUUGCCCAUGAAGGACAUGGUAGCAUGGACAGCGAUGAUUACAGGCUACGCGCAGAAUUCCAGGCCGAUGGAGGCAUUGGAGUUUUUCGAGAAAAUGCAAAAUGCAGGCAUUGAAACGGAUGAGGUGACUUUGGCUGGUGCAAUUUCGGCAAGUGCGCAGUUGGGUGCGGCUAAGUAUGCAAAUUGGGUUCGGGAUGUUGCUGAGAAGUCUGGUUUUGGACCUGCUGAUAAUGUUGUAGUGGGAUCAGCAUUGAUAGAUAUGUACUCGAAGUGCGGGAGUUUGGAGGAUGCAUAUAAGGUUUUUGAGAGGAUGAGGGAACAAAAUGUUUUUUCUUAUAGUUCAAUGAUUGUUGGGUUUGCGAUGCAUGGUUUUGCUAGUGAGGCAUUAAAAUUGUUUGAAGAGAUGCUGAAGACAGAGGUAAAGCCUAAUAAGGUAACAUUUGUAGGGGUUCUUACAGCAUGCAGUCAUACCGGCUUGGUAGAACAAGGUCGACACUUGUUUCAGAUUAUGGGAAAAUGUUACGGUGUCGAACCGUCUGCUGAUCACUAUGCUUGCAUGGUAGAUCUCCUUGGCAGGGCUGGAUGCUUGGAAGAAGCCCUUGAACUUAUCAGAACCAUGCCAAUGGUGCCCCAUGGUGGUGUCUGGGGAGCCCUGCUUGGAGCUUCUCGCAUUCAUGGGAAUCCUGAUGUCGCUGAAAUUGCUGCUAACCAUUUAUUUGAGCUUGAACCUAAUGGCAUCGGAAACUACAUCCUGCUUUCCAACAUAUAUGCAUCAGCAGGAAGAUGGGAAGACGUUUUGAGGGUACGGAAGUUAAUGAGAGGAAAGGGCUUAAAGAAGAAUCCUGCAUGUAGCUUGGUUGAAGGCAAGGAGGGGGUAAUUCACGAGUUCUAUGCAGGUGAUAUGACCCAUCCAAAGACAGGAGAGAUUAAGCGGGCAUUGAAGGAUCUUCUAGAGAGACUAAAGUUUGAUGGAUACCAGCCAAACUUGAGUUCUGCCCCUUAUGAUGUGAGUGAUGAAGACAAGAAGCAGAUACUAAUGGCUCACAGUGAGAAGCUAGCCUUGGCAUAUGGGCUGCUCUGUACAGAUGCUGGCUGCACAAUUAGAAUUGUGAAAAAUCUCAGGAUAUGCGAGGAUUGCCACUUAGUUAUGUGUGGUGCAUCCAAGAUCACCAGCAGGCAGAUAGUCAUCCGGGAUAACAUGAGAUUCCACCAUUUCCGUGAUGGAACGUGCUCCUGUGGUAAUUUUUGGUAAUUCCAGCAGGGAUUUGUUACCCGACUUUUUUUUCUCCUAAUUUUGUCUGUAGAUGCAGAAGGUAGUAACCACAGCCAUUGUUUGAGGUGAGCAUAGCCCUUAGCGUGGCUGACCAUGAAGAAAUUUGGAAUGGCAAGACAAGACAAUUCAAGAUUACACCUCUCAUCUGAAUGUUAAUGCCUUGGACUCACAUGGGAAGUAAAGAAUCUCAGCUUGGAGGAGGGGAGUUGAGAACAAAGGGAAAUAUGGUUACUAUGGGGGUUUAAAGCAAACUGGAGAGACGUGUUGGAUGCUGGAUGGUAUACAACCUAACUCGGGCAACGUCAGCCUUGUAUGGGUGGUCACUCUGGUGUGCUUCCGCUUAUGAGUUUGCUGUGCGAGUAUCAACUGUUAUACAUAUCUCAUGUGAA